AAUAGUCAACUGACUUAGGUAGAAGUUGGAUACCUUGAAGUUUAUUGCUCGGUGGAAACGUUGUUUAUUCUGGAUAAAACAAGGCGUUUUGAUUAGGACAGCUGUCAUUUUGAAGUUCGUUUCAAUUGACACACAGAUGUAAGUGAAUGACAGUCUGUUUCUCAUUUGAGCGUGAGUGUACGACUGACCGACUAACUAUUCAGAACCCGGUGAGAUGGCAGUCGGAUCCUAGUCUAACUAAGCCUGUGAGCAGCUGGAGACAGAGCGAGGGAGUGACGGACAGAUCGAGUCUCCAAAACAGAAGAUGGGUGAAAAGGAUGAUGAGAGGAGCGCCCAGGCAGGGCAGCUCUUUGAGAACUUUGUCCAGGCGUCCACAUGUAAGGGCACUCUGCAGGCCUUUAGUAUCCUAUGCAGGCAGAUGGAUCUGGACCCGCUGGACUACAGGAACUUCUACAGCAACCUCAAAGCCACGGUCACCAAUUGGAAGGCCAAGGCCCUCUGGACCAAACUGGACAAAAGAGCCGGCCACAAGGAGUACAAGAAAGCCAAAGCCUGUGAGGGCACCAGGUCUUUGAUCAUUGGAGGAGGGCCCUGUGGCCUGCGCACAGCCAUAGAGCUGGCUCUGCUGGGGGCCAAGGUGGUGGUGAUUGAGAAGAGGGACACCUUCUCCAGAAACAACGUGCUCCACCUGUGGCCCUACACCAUCCAUGACCUCAGGGGCCUCGGGGCCAAGAAGUUCUAUGGCAAAUUUUGUGCCGGAGCCAUAGACCACAUCAGUAUUCGCCAGCUCCAGCUCAUGCUGCUGAAGGUCUCCCUCAUCGUGGGAGUGGAGGUCCAUGUCAACGUGGAGUUUGUUAACCUGCUGGAACCACCGGACAACCAGGAGAAUGAAGGGCCUGGAUGGAGAGCUGAGAUUAGACCAUCAAACCACCCCCUCACUGACUAUGAAUUUGACGUGGUGAUCGGUGCGGAUGGACGCAGAAACACGCUAGAUGGUUUCAAGAGGAAGGAGUUCCGGGGUAAGCUGGCCAUCGCCAUCACAGCCAACUUUGUCAACAGGAACACCACGGCCGAGGCCAAGGUGGAGGAGAUCAGCGGAGUGGCCUUCAUCUUCAACCAGAAGUUCUUCCUGGAGCUCAAAGAGGAGACAGGGAUUGAUCUGGAGAACAUUGUGUACUACAGAGACAACACACACUACUUUGUGAUGACUGCAAAGAAGCAGAGUCUGCUGGACAAGGGGGUCAUCAUUCAUGAUUACAUUGAAACAGAGAAGCUGCUGGGCCAAGACAACGUGAACCAGGAGGCUCUUCUCUCCUACGCCCGUGAGGCGGCCGACUUUGGCACCAACUACCAGCUGCCCUCUCUAGACUACGCCAUCAACCACUGCAACCAGCCCGAUGUGGCCAUGUUCGACUUCACCUGCAUAUACGCCUCAGAGAAUGCGGCGCUGUUCAGGGAGAAGUGCGGACACCAGCUACUGGUGGCUCUGGUGGGGGACAGUCUACUGGAGCCCUUCUGGCCCACGGGGACAGGCUGUGCUAGAGGGUUCCUGGCUGCCUUUGACACGGUGUGGAUGGUGAGGGGCUGGGCGCAGGGCAAGACCCAUCUGGAGAUCCUGGCAGAAAGGGAGGGCCUCUACAGGCUAUUACCCCAAACAACGACAGAGAACAUCUCAAAGAACUUUGAUCAGUACACCAUAGACCCGGUAACACGGUACCCCAACCUCAACUCCAGCUGUGUCAAGCCACAUCAGGUGCGUCACCUGUUCAUAGACGGGCAGCAGGACUCCUGUACUCUGGAGCGGGGUGGACCCACACGUAGUUCUGUCAAUCUCUCCAGACGAGAGUCGGACAUCCGGCCCAGCCGCCUCCUCACCUGGUGUCAGAAGCAGACACAGGGGUACAGGGGUGUGGAUGUCACCAACCUCACCUCUUCCUGGAAGAGUGGCCUAGCACUCUGUGCUCUUAUACACCGCCUCCGGCCAGACCUCAUUGAAUUUGACUCCCUGAAUGAGAAGGACUCGGCCAAGAACAACCAGCUGGCCUUUGACAUAGCAGAGCAUGAGUUUGGUAUCCAGCCUGUGACCACGGGGAAGGAGAUGGCUCUGGACCAGGACCCAGACAAGCUGAUGAUGGUGCUGUACAUAUCCAAGCUUUACGAGAUGUUCCGCAACUCGCCUGCAUCCAUCACUGGUACAAGGGAAACGGAUGAGAACAACAAAGCGUAUUCAUCGGAGUCUGCAUACUCGGUUUACAACUUAAUGAACCGAACACAGCCCAAAAAAAGGAUCCCAAAGGAUAACGGUAAGCUGGAGGAGAACGACCCGAUGAACAAAAGACGAAGAAAGGGCAGCACCUAUUUAGAGGAGUUGUCCUGUCAGAGUGCCCCCCCUGCAGGUGACGGCGGGGAGCAGAAUAAAGUGCGCUCAAUGGCCACACAGCUACUGGCCAAGUUUGAAGAGAAUGCAUCGCCCGGUAGUUCCCUGCGCAAUAAGUGUAUCGUGCGGAAGGAGGUCCCUCAGAACCUGGGAGGCAGUGACACGUGUCACUUCUGCUCCAAGCGUGUGUACGUGAUGGAGCGACUCAGCGCUGAUGGCCACUUCUUCCACAGGGAGUGUUUCCGCUGUGACGUCUGCAGCUCCACACUACGCCUGGGAGGACACGCCUACGACUCCCAACACGGCAUGAUGCUGACACACCCAGACACCAGCCACUCUCCCACCUGGGGACAGAAGCUGUUUGUGAAUACGCAGGAGGACCAGGGACGUCUGACGUCUUCGCCAGACCGGAGUGACCCCUACUCGGCCACGGACAGCCUGCAGAGCCAGCCCUCAGGUACCCUGAGUUCCUUCCUUAGGAGAAGCCUGCGUUGGCCGCUGCACGCGGGCCGGGCAGUGUGUGGGACGCCCUGCCAGCUGGCCCGCUGGGUGCAUGGGGCGGUUGGCCAGGCAGGGCUCCACCUCAUAGACCACUCAGAGGACUACGGCUUCCUGUACGAGCUGCUGAGUCUGGGCAUGCCCCUACUGAGCAUACUGCACGAGCUCCUGGGCCAGAUGUACAUGGAGGCUGAGCAGCCUCAGCCUCACGAAGGGUACACAGGCCUGUUGAAUGGACUGUACACCCGCAUGGUGCCUGAGGUGGCAGAGGAGGAGGCCGUGGACCUGGACAUGCCUGACUCCAACAGGACUGCCGACUCGAAGAAACAGGACAACUCGAAUACUUCUCUCCAAGCACAAGAUUCUGCACAAGAGAAGAAAGCUCUCCCUCUCAUCCUGGUGAGGCACUUCUCGCAUGAAAACGCUACAGAAAAAGAGGAGCCCAUCAUUGAAGAGGCCAACUUUGAUUUCAACGUGAUUGAACCACCAGUCUCCCAUGAUGGUCCUAAACUACCUCCAGAUUCUCCGAAUCAGAAUCCAUCGAUGGGUAAAGAAGCGCCUCCUGUCACCAAAGUGCCACAGCUGGAGGAAGCAGUCGGCCCAAAGAAGAGGCUGACCCUGUCCCUGUCUGAGAAACAGAAGCUCCUAGACUGGAACCUGGUUACUCCAGAAGAGGCCCGAAGCCCUGGAGGAGGAGACCCAUCCAAACACUCCAAACCUGGGGACCAGAUCCUCCAGAAGGACCCAUUGCCUCAGGUAGACCCAGAGGCAGAGCCAGUCCCAGCUCAGCCCCAGCCGACAACGUCCAUGUUCCAGAUUUGGGCAAAUGUCUUCAGAAGAUCUUUUGGAGUACCAGGGACAACCACAGACUCCAACACAGUUGUCACCAGGAGGAACAACAACGGGCCCACCAAGCCCAGGCCUCUGUCUGACGGCGCCUUCAGCUUUUACUCCCUGUUUGGGGCUACUGCCCAAAGCCAGGAGACCGAGCCAGUGGGAGUGGGUCAGAAGAGCCAGCCGACCCCACACCCAUGCAAGGCCUCCAUGGGUGAUAGACCCGCAGACCUGCCCACGCUACUGGACCAGGUGUCCCUAGGCAGCAACAAGUCCGUGGGAUCCUUCACCACAGACGACAUGGCCUCACUGCCGCCCAGGAAGCUCAACUUCUUCUCCUACCUUAGGCUGAAGAAGAGAGAGGGGCCGGAGAGCGUGGGAGCGGGGGUUCUGGAGAAGGACAUCACGACCAUCCUGUCCAACAUCAGGAACAAAGCCUCCAGCGAACAGCAGAAGGAUGAGUCCAACUCCUCAAGUGACGAUGAGCUUGUCCCAGCCAAACCUUUGUCCCACUCAGAGAGACAGAGGAGGAGGCAGGAGAAGACUGUGAUUCAACAGGACAAGAGAGAGCAGCUGAAGAGACUCCACAGAGCCCAGGUCAUACAGAGGCAGCUGGAGGAAGUGGGGGAGAAGCAGAAGGACCUGGAGGAGAGAGGGGUGACCAUUGAGAAGGUCCUUCGAGGCGAAUCCCCAGGUGAUGGUCUCUCUGAUGAGCACGAGCUCCUUCAAAUGUGGUUCAAGCUGGUCCUGGAGAAGAACAGACUGGCACGCUACGAGGAGGAGCUGGUCAUAUUUGCUCAGGAACUCGAGCUGGAGGACAGACAAAGUCAACUACAGAUGGAUCUACGAUGCAGGAUGUCCAUAGACGAUUCCAGGAAGAGCUCCGGUGAGCUGGCGGAGGAACAGGAGAUGCUGACAGAGAUCAUGAAGGUGGUGGAGAGGAGAGACACUCUGGUCAGCCUGCUGGAGGAGCAGCGGCUGCAGGAGAGGGCUGAGGACAGAGACCCGGAGAGCCUGGUACUGUCUAGAGGCUACCAGUUCCACUGGACCUGAAGAGAAUCAGCCCUCUGGGGCAGGGAAAAGGCUACAGCACCAUGCAGCUCCACAGGCAGAAGAGACAAGUGACUUCACUACUAGUGACUACCCUACUGGAUUUGGCCGCACGUGGCAUGAUGACCCUUUUGAAUAUGUAUAUCAAUUUGACUUGUCAAUUCCUACUUGAGGACCACACCUCUUAUGGACCUGAGGGUUGUAUGUCAAGUGUCUGUAUAGGCUAGUCUCUCGAGACAGCCUUCAGAGAUUACUGUAUGCCUUACCAAGAAAACCUCUGAAUGUAUGCAGCCUUAUAAAUAGAAUAAUAUAAAACACUUUGUCAGUUGCACUGGAAAGCACUUAUAAACACUACAGAAACCCAAAGAUUCAGCCUAUCAAAUGUGUUUUCCCUCUCAAAGAAAGAUAUUGCUUAUGUACAGUACCAGUCAAAAGUUUGGACACACCUACUCAUUCCAGGGUUUUUCUUUAUUUUUACUAUUUUCUACAUU